AUGACUGCCCAGUGGACAGAUGCAACUCAGACCAGUUUCGACACGCUGAAGGACAAAUUAUCCCAGACACCAGUUUUGGCACUACUAGAGUUCAAUCAGUGGUUCGAGGUGGAGUGUGAUGCCUCCAUUGUGGGGAUCAGAGAAACGAGCGAGUUCACUUUGUUCACAGAUAGUGAGGAUUUGAAGUUUUUGAACAACCAUAGAAAACUGAAGGGCAGACACGGGCCUUGGGUAGAGUUCUUAUGGUCGUUCUUGUUCUUGAUUAAGCACAAGGCGAAAAACCAAAACCGAGUAGCAGAUGCACUGGGCCGCGAUCACUUGUUGAUCGCUUCGAUACAAACUCGAGUCAUAGGUUUUGAGGUAUUGAAGGAGCUAUACGAGACAAAUGAAGAUAUCAGAGUGAUCUGGGGGUAG